AGGUCCAUGAAGCAGUGAAUAAUUCAGACCCAGAUGGUUCCUGCUGGAAUCAGGUUCCUCUGGUCCCCUAAACACAUGAUGGGAAUCAGCUUUCUGCUUUACAGGACACUAACUGGACCUGAACCACUGGGAACUGACUGGUUCUGGUUCCUCUCACAGACUGACUGAAGUCCAUAAGAUGGAAGAUUGGGAUCUAAAGGAGGACAGAGCAGAACCUCCAGGAUCCAGCUGUCCAUCUAUGAGGAGUGACGGGUCCAAAGAAGGAGAACCUCCAGACUUCAGAGCAGAACCUGUCCCCUCAGACAUAAAAGGUCAGAACCACAGACAGAGAGCAGAACCUCCAGGAUCCAGCUGUCCGUCUAUGAGGAGUGACCGGUCCAAAGAUUCCAACCCAGACUUCAGUGCAAAACCUGGACCCUCAGACUCAGAAUGGGAUUCAGGCUGGAACACACAGAGGAACAUGUGGAGGAACACAGAGGAGAACAGAGCAGGGUCUCCAUCACCCAGCUGUGUUUCUAUGAAGAGUGACCGGUCCAAAGAUCAUCCUUUAGUUUUCAGUGAUGAUCCUGGAGCAGCAGAUCUAAGACAGACGAAGAGGAUCAAUGUUAGUGAGGAGGAGCAGCUGAACUGCUGCAUUUUAUGCCAGAACCUCCUGAUGGAUCCAGUCUCUACCAGCUGUGGACACCGGUUCUGCAGACAGUGCAUCAGGUCCUACAGGGUCCAGUCUGCUCCAUCAGGAUCCUCCUACUCCCCCCAGUGUGGGAAAAGAGCCAGAACCAUGGCUGGACCGCUGACAGCCAAUCAGAGCAGCUGUGCAGCAGCAGAUGUUGGUCUGCAGGAGGUUCUAGAGGAACAUAAGAUCAAUCUGAGGAGGAGAUACGAACAUGUGGCUGAAGGAAGUGAUGAAACAGGAAGUAGAACCCUCCUCAAAAGGAUCUACACUGAUCUCUACAUCACAGAGGGGCAGAGUGAAGAGGUUAAUUCCCAUCAUGAGGUGCAGCAGCUGGAGAGAGCUUCCAAGAUCCAGAACCUCCAUGGUUCUCCAAUCAGGUGUCAUGACAUAUUUAAAGCUGUCCCUGACCAACAUGGAGCCAUCAGAGUGGUUCUGACCAACGGCGUCGCUGGUGUUGGAAAAACCUUCUCAGUGCAGAUGUUCACUCUGGACUGGGCAGAAGGCUUGGAGAACCAAGAUGUCAGUGUGGUGGUUCUGCUUUCCUUUAGGGAGCUGAACCUGAUCAGAGAUCAGCAGCACAGUCUUCUCACGCUGCUCCAUGUUUUCCAUCCAACCCUCCAGAAGCUCCCAGCAGAGAAGCUGGCUGUCUGGAAGCUUCUCUUCAUCUUUGAUGGCCUGGAUGAAAGCAGACUUUCUUUGGACUUCAGCAACAGUCUGCUUGUUUCUGACGUCACACAGAAGUCAUCAGUCAACGUUCUGCUGAUGAACCUCAUCAAGGGGAACCUGCUUCUCUCAGCUCUCGUCUGGAUAACUUCCCGACCUGCGGUGGCCAAUCAGAUCCCUCCUUCCUUUGUUUCCAGGGUAACAGAAAUACGAGGCUUUACCAACACCCAGAAGGAGGAGUACUUCAGGAGGAGGUUCAGUGAGGAAGAGAUGUCCAGCAGGAUCAUCUCCCACAUCAAGACCUCCAGGAGCCUCUUCAUCAUGUGUGGGAUCCCAGUGUUCUGCAGGAUCACUGCUACGGUUCUGGAGAACCUGUUGACCACAGAGCUGAGAGGAGAGCUGCCUACGACCAUGACUGACAUGUACUCACACUUCCUGCUGGUCCAGACCAGGAGGAAGAAGAACAAGUACCAUGAAGGACAUGAGGCGAGUCCACAGGAGCUGAUAGAGGCUGACAGGGAAGUUCUCCUGAAGCUGGGGAGGCUGGCCUUGGAACAUCUGGAGAAAGGAAACAUUAUGUUCUACCAAGAAGACCUGGAGCAGUGUGGUCUGGAUGUCACAGAGUCCUCGGUGUACUCAGGAUUUUGUACAGAGAGCUUCAAAAGAGAGAGCGUGAUCUUCCAGAAACCAGUCUACUGCUUUGUUCAUCUGAGCUUCCAGGAGUUUCUGGCUGCACUCCACAUGCUCCACUGCUUCACCAGCAGGUCCACAGAGGCGGUGGAGAACUUCCUGGGAGGACAACACAGAGAAACAUCUCUGGAGGACUUCAUGAAGAAAGUCAUGGAGAAAUCCCUCAGGAGUCCAAAUGGCCACCUGGACCUGUUUGCUCGCUUCCUCCAUGGCCUCUCUGUGGAGUCCAACCAUAGCCUCUUUGGAGGCCUGCUGAGUCAGAUGGAGAACAGUCCAGGAACCAUCCAGGGAGUCAUCAAAAAUCUGAAGAAGAUGAACACUGAUGAUGAUUAUGAUAAUAGAAUCUCUCCUGAUAGAAGCAUCAACAUCUUCCAAUGUCUGAUGGAGAUGAAGGACCUCUCAGUUUAUCAGGAGAUCCAAAAGUUCCUGAAAUCAGAGAACAGAUCAGGGAAGGAGCUCUCAGAGAUCCAGUGCUCAGCUCUGGCCUAUAUGCUGCAGAUGUCAGAGGUUCUGGAUGAGUUAGACCUUGAGAAGUACAACACAUCAGAGGUAGGACGACGUAGACUGGUUCCGGUUGUGAGGAACUGCAGAAAGGCUCGACUUGGUGGCUGUUCUCUCAAUGAGGCUGAAUGUGAAGUUGUGGCCUCAGCUCUGAAGUCCAACCUCCUUCUGACUGAAGUGGAAAUAGAGAAGAUCAUUGGAUCCUUUGAACACUCUAGAAUGAAGCAUCUGUGUGAGAUACUGGAGAGUUCAAUCUGCAAAGUGAAGAAACUGUCAUUUAAUUGCAGCAGAUUGUCAGAGAUCAGCUGGGCUUUGCUGGGCUCAGCUCUGAAGUCUAAUCCAUCCCAUCUGACAGAACUGGACCUGAGCUUUGAUGACAGUGGGUUUCUCCAGUCUCCCCUCUGCACACCACAGACAUUGAGACAUUGGCACUUCAGAUUGUCAGAGAUCAGCUGGGCUUCUCUGGGCUCAUCCUUUCUGACAGAACUGGGCCUGGAAGAAACCAAACUGGACCCUGGAAUGAAGGAGCUCAGUGGGUUUCUCCAGUCUCCCCUCUGCAAACUACAGAUAUUGAGAUUGAGGGACUGCAGUUUGUCAGAGAUCAGCUGUGCUUCUCUGGGCUCAGCACUGAAGUCUAAUCCAUCCCAUCUGACAGAACUGGCCCUGAUAAGAAUCGACUUGGACCCUGGAAUGAAGGAGCUCAGUGGGUUUCUCCAGUCUACCCUCUGCAAACUACAGAUAUUGAGAUUGGAUAACUGCAGAUUGUCAGAUAUCAGCUGUGCUUAUUUGGGCUCAGCUCUGAAGUCUAAUCCAUCCCAUCUGACAGAACUGGACCUGAGCUUCACCAACCUGGACCCUGGAAUGAAGGAGCUCAGUGGGUUUCUCCAGUCUCCCCUCUGCAAAUUACAGACAUUGAGGUUGAAUUACUGCGGUUUAUCAAAGAUCAGCUGUGAUUCUCUGGUCUCAGCUCUGAAGUCAAACCCCUCCCAUCUGACUGAACUGGACCUAAUGUUCAACAGCCUGAAGGAGUCAGAUGUUCAGCAGCUGCAGGAUCUUGUAGAGAGUCCAGACUACAAACUGCAGCUUCUGUAAGUAGAUGGUUGGAGUGAGUCCAGCUGCUCCACAGCUGCUCUGAACAGGACUGAAGUCCCUGCUGCUCUUUAUCCUGGAUGUGCUGCAUCACUGACUGACAGCUGAUGGAGAGAGAGAGGCUGGAAACACUCACUGAUCUCCUCUCUUCAUCCUUCUUCUCUCUGCAGGAAGUGGUGGUCAUUGUGAUCUUAGUGGAGGAGAGAAGCUGAUGUGUCCUGAUGAUCCUCAGAGGUUGAAGCUGCAACAGUUUGAGUUUAAAGAAACUCUGACUGGAUCCUGAUGAUGAACUCUGAGUUUAGAGAUUUUUCUCCGCUUUAUCACUUUAUCAGACAUAUAUAAUGAGUAUGCUGGGUAAAUAAGCCCAGAGACACCUUCCAUUUUAGUGAGACAAAUAUGUCCAAAAAUAGAUCAAUCUCUCUGGAGCUAAAUGUUGAAAAUGGUUGAAGUUUUCUGAAUGUUACUUUCUAUGUGUGAUACUUCUCUUAAUUCAUUAUCCUUGGAAAUAUUGAUGCCUAAAUAUUUCAGCCCAUUCCUGGAUUGAAAUAUAACAAACAGCAUUAAGUGGACUAUCAUGAAUAGUCAUCAUUUCACAUUUCCUUAUAUUCAGAUGUCGGCCAGAAGCUUUAGAAAACUUUGGAUCUAAAAACAUCCCUGUCUCAUAUGCUAGCUGAGGAAUUACCAGGGGGGUUCCCAUCAUUUUUAAAACCAUUGCUCAAAGUUCUGCCACAAUAAUAAACCACAGAGGAGAAGCAGGACAGCCUUGGCGUAUUCCUCUUUGAAUGUUAAAACUUUUAGCUGUUCCAGAAGGCAGGGAUGCUGAACUAUGGAUGUCUGUGUGAAGCAACAUAUUGGUUUUUAUAAAUCUUUCCCCAAAGCCAAAAUACUCCAAUGCUUCUAUAAUCAAUGUGAGCUCAACCACAUUGAAUGCUUUCUAAAAGUCCAAAAAAAGAACGGCCUCAUCAUCCUCCACCAGAGGCUCAUUAUUCAGCAAAUCUAAAAGCAGUGUCACAUUAUUAGGAAUAGAUCUCUCUUUAAGAAGAAAAGAUGGUGUACCGCUUAUUAUCUGAAAUAAACCAUCUUUUAAUCUGCCUGCAAUCACGUGUAAAUAUUUUCUAAUCAGCAUUUAAUAAAGUGACUGGAUGAAGAUUUUCAAUGCAUCUCUGAUCAUUUGCUGGUUUUGGAAUGAAAGUAAUGAGUCCCUGUUUCACUGUAAAUGUUAAAGAGAUAGUCAAUAAUGCCCUUCAUUGGUUCAUAAAGGAAAUGUUUUAGUUCUUCCCCAAAAUAUUUGUGAAAUGCUGUAGUUAAACCGUCUCAAUGCUUUCCCAGUAGCUGUUUUUUGUGACUCUGUCUAAUUCUUCUAAUGUGACAUCAGACUUUCUUUAAAGGUUAAAUCUUUUCUUUGGAAAAUGUUUUUAAUUACUUCUAGAAAAAAUAUUUGAGUUCACAGAACUGUACUCUGAUGAAUAUUAAUUGGAUUAAAAAUCUGUAUAUUUCC